GGGCUGUGGGCGAAAAAAAAAAGUGUAAAGGACUGUUCCAAGGGCUCCCUUAAGAAAAACUUCUUUCUCUUUUUUUUUGUGCAAAGUUUGACAGAAUGCCUCACUCUUUUGGUCUCCGUGCUCGUACUCGUCACAUGUUCUCUCGUAACUUCAGAGAACAUGGUGCCAUCCCUCUCUCCACCUACUUGAAGACUUACAAGGUCGGUGAUAUCGUUGACAUCAAGGCCAACGCUGCUGUCCAAAAGGGUAUGCCCCACAAGUUCUACCACGGUCGUACUGGUGUCAUCUACAACGUCACCAAGACCUCUGUUGGUGUCAUUGUCCACAAGAAGGUCGGUAACCGUUUCAUGGAAAAGCGUGUCAACAUCCGCAUUGAACACAUCAAGCACUCCAAGUGUCGUCAAGAAUUCUUGGACCGUGUCAAGGCCAAUGCCCAAAAGAAGAAGGAAGCCAAGGAAGCUGGUAUCUCUUUCAACUUGAAGAGAAUCCCUGUUCAACCUCGUGAAGCUCGUCAUGUCUCCACCAAGUUCAACGUUCCUCAAACUAUUGCUCCCAUUGCUUACGAAACUCUUUUGUAAA